AUGCAAAUAUGUUCGUUCCCUCUCUUCACUCCCACUCCCUCACUCUCAUUUCCGAAUCCACUCUCUCCAUUCCAUUCUUCCGCACACUUCUCCUCGCUUUCCGUGCCAUACACCACCGCUCGGCGGAGCAUCCCGUUGCAAGCUUCUGCCAGCGACUCCGCUAAAGUCUCCACGUCCUCCAUCGUCGUCGACAACUCCACCGCCGCCGACUCCACCGCCUUCGUCAUCCGCGCCCGCAACCGAAUUGGCCUCCUCCAGGUCAUAACCAGGGUUUUCAAGGUCCUUGGCCUCACGGUUGACCGCGCCACCGUCGAAUUCGAGGGCGACUUCUUCGUCAAGAAGUUCUUCGUCACCGAUUCUCAUGGCAACAAAAUCGAGGACUGCGACAGCCUGGAGAGGAUCAAGCGAGCGUUGGCUGAGGCGGUCGGCGGUGACGGGUACGGCACGGUGUCGGUGGCGAGAUCGGCGGCGGCAAACCCAGGGGUUGUGGUGAGGAGGCCUGGACUGGUGGAAGGCGUUGGCGAGCGUCGCGCGAAAGCGGAGAGAAUGUUUAGCUUAAUGGACGGCUUUCUGAAGAAUGAUCCUCUCAGUCUUCAAAAGGAUAUUCUGAAUCAUGUUGAGUACACUGUGGCAAGGUCACGAUUUAGUUUCGACGAUUUCGAAGCGUAUCAGAUAGGGUUAUCGGAAAUGGAAGAGGGAAAACGAGAUUUUGCCUUGUCACACAGUGUAAGAGAUCGGUUGAUUGAACGCUGGCAUGACACUCACAGUUACUUCAAGAGAACAAAACCUAAGCGCCUCUACUUCCUUUCUCUUGAGUUUCUUAUGGGUCGUUCCUUGUCAAAUAGUGUAAUCAAUCUUGGCAUCCAGGAUCAAUAUGCAGAGGCCCUAAGCCAACUUGGAUUUGAGUUUGAAGUUUUGGCAGAGCAGGAAGGAGAUGCAGCCUUAGGGAAUGGUGGCCUUGCUCGUCUUUCAGCAUGCCAAAUGGAUUCUUUGGCAACUUUGGAUUAUCCUGCAUGGGGUUAUGGGCUGCGAUACGAAUAUGGUUUGUUUCGUCAGGUCAUAGUGGAUGGAUAUCAACAUGAGCAGCCUGAUUAUUGGCUGAAUUUUGGAAAUCCUUGGGAGAUAGAGCGUAUUCAUGUAACAUAUGAAGUGAAGUUCUAUGGGACUGUUGAAGAGGUUGAUAUGAAUGGAGAAAAGCAUCAUGUUUGGGUCCCUGGAGAGACAGUUGAAGCUGUGGCUUAUGACAACCCAAUACCUGGUUACGGGACAAGAAAUACCCUCAACCUUCGACUAUGGGCUGCUAAACCUAGUAAUCAAUUUGAUUUGGAGGCUUAUAACACUGGAGAUUACAUUAACUCUGUUGUUAACAGACAAAGGGCAGAAACUAUAAGUAAUGUUUUAUACCCUGAUGACCGUAAUCAUCAGGGGAAGGAGCUGAGAUUGAAACAACAAUAUUUUUUUGUCUCAGCAUCUUUGCAAGACAUCAUCCGAAGGUUCAAAGAAGCACAUGAUAACUUUGAUGAGUUGCCGGAUAAGGGAGUUUUCAGGUUAUCCCAGUGUUCUGUGAUGCAGUAUUCACCACUUCAGCAGUUGGGUCUGGCAUGUCCACGUAAUGUAGUGAGUAGGUAUUUGAUUGUGGCGACUGUCGCUCUACAUCUAAAUGACACCCAUCCAUCCCUUUCAAUUGCUGAAAUUAUGCGAAUAUUAGUAGAUGAAGAACAUCUGGGCUGGAAUAAAGCAUGGGACAUUGCAUGCAAAGUUUUCUCUUUUACAACUCACACAAUGGUAGCUGAAGGACUAGAGAAAAUCCCUGUUGAUCUGCUUGGCAGCCUUCUCCCUCGUCAUUUACAAGAGUUAAAGAAAAAGAUUGGUUUAGAUUACAACCGUCUGUCCCGGAUGUCAAUUGUUGAAGAAGGUGCUGUGAAGAACAUUCGAAUGGCCAACUUGUCAAUUGUUUGCGCCCAUAUUGUUAAUGGUGUUUCAAAAUUGCAUUUAGAUACACUGAAAAUGACAACAUUUAAGGACUUCUGUGAGCUAUGGCCUGAAAAAUUUCAAUAUAAGACAAAUGGUGUAACCCAGCGACGGUGGAUUGUGGUGAGCAAUCCUAGUUUAUGUGCUCUUAUAUCAAAAUGGCUAGGAACUGAAGCCUGGAUACGUAAUGCUGACCUUCUGACAGGAUUGAGAGAUCAUGUUGACAAUCCUGAUUUCCAUCAAGAAUGGAAAAUGUUGAACCCUACACCCUCCGAUGCUGUGAUUGUAGUAGAUGUUGAGGGUGACUGGCUACCGCAUAGGCAGCAGUCUGUAGCCCAACAGAUUAACCCCAAGUUGUCUCCUCGUUACUUAGGUCCUUUCCAGGUUAAAAAAGUCAAUAAAAUGAGGCUUGCUGAAUACAUUGAAGCAAUGAGUGGUGUGAAGGUCAGUUUGGAUGCAAUGUUUGAUGUUCAGGUGAAGCGUAUCCAUGAAUACAAAAGACAAUUGCUUAAUAUAUUUGGAAUAAUCCAUAGAUAUGAUUGUCUCAAGAAUAUGGACAAGAAUGACCUGAGGAAAGUUGUACCCCGCGUUUGCAUAAUUGGUGGGAAAGCAGCUCCUGGUUAUGAAAUUGCUAAGAAGAUUAUCAAACUUUGUCAUUCUGUGGCCGAAAAAAUCAAUAAUGACUCUGAUAUUGGAGAUCUUUUGAAAUUGGUUUUUAUCCCUGAUUAUAAUGUCUCUGUUGCCGAAUUGGUAAUACCAGGGGCUGACCUUUCUCAACAUUUAAGCACUGCAGGACAUGAAGCUUCAGGAACUGGGAGCAUGAAAUUUUUGAUGAAUGGAUGUUUACUUUUAGCUACGGCAGAUGGAUCUACGGUAGAAAUAAUUGAAGAAAUAGGGUCAGAUAACUUGUUUCUCUUUGGAGCAAAAGUGCAAGAAGUUGCAGAACUGCGUAAAAAAGGAUCUACUUUAAAAGUACCUCUACAAUUUGCUCGCGUGUUAAGGAUGGUUCGAGAUGGAUAUUUUGGUUAUAAAGACUACUUCAAAUCCUUAUGUGACACGGUGGAAAUCGGUAGAGAUUUCUAUCUCCUUGGCCCUGAUUUUGGGAGUUACCUUGAGGCACAGGCUGCUGCAGAUAAAGCAUUUGUUGAACCAGAGAAGUGGAUCAAGAUGAGUAUCCUUAGUGCUGCUGGUUCUGGGAGAUUUAGCAGUGACAGGACCAUUCAAGAGUAUGCAGAAAGGACAUGGAAAAUUGAUCCAUGCCGAUGCCCUCUCUGA